UUGGUGCUGGCAGGACCCCACCUCCGACCCUGGUGACGGCCCUGGCUCUCAAUCCCCGGCAGUGUGACCCCGACCCUCACGGGAACACCGCCAUAAUAUCAGCCAAAGGGAUUCCUCAUCUUCCGGCGUGACUGUCACGAAGCGUCCGCCGACGAAGGGCUGAAGAAACUAAUAGCAUAUCAAGAUGAUACGGCUAAUAUUGGGGACACUGCUGGCUCUGGGCCUCGUGCUACUAGCCGGCCAGACUCGUGCCCAUAGUGCUAAGGCUGACGUUAUUGAGGAUAUAAAUGCCAAACAACUGGAAAAUCUGGUAGCCGAGAGUGAUUAUGUGGCAGUGUAUUGGUACAAACGGAGCUGCAAGGACUGCGACAAGGUCUUGUCUGAACUAGAGACCAUCGACGAUGACACGGACAGGUUCGGCGUCCACUUCGUCAAGGUGGCCGACAAGAAGCUGGCCAAGUCCUACGGCGUCAAGACCUUCCCCGCCCUCUCCUUCUUCAGGAACAAGGAGCCCAUCAACUAUGAAGGUGACCUGAUGGACGAGGCGAGCGUCUUGGAGUUCCUAACGAGCCUGGAGGCCAUGGAUCUGCCCGACCAGAUCGAGGAGGUCAACGCUAAGAUCCUCGAUAAGAUCGUGGAGGAGCAGGAGUUUGUCGCCGUCCUCUUCUGUUACGACGGCGAGGCUUGCACCCACGGGGAACACAAGAGCGAGUGCCGGCGGUGCGUGAAGGCUCUGCAGGAGCUGGAGAACGUGGACGACGACGCUGACCAGUUGGGCAUCGCCUUCGUCAAGAUCAACGACCCCGAUCUCGCGGACGAGUACUCCCUGGGUGCUCUGCCCGCUCUUGUUUACUACCGCAGACGGAUCCCUGUUGUGUACGAUGGCGACCUGAUGAACGAGGACAAGGUGCUGGAGUGGCUGGUGGAGAACAAGAACACGGGCGACGACGAUGACAUGAUUGACGACGUGACGCUGGGGCUUCUUAACACCCUGAUCGACUCCCUCGACCAUCUCGCCGUCGUCUUCUACGACCGCGACGAGACGGACGACACGCAGAUCCUUCAGGAGUUGGAGAACAUCGAUGACGAACUCGACGCUCAGGGCAUUCACAUCGUCAAGAUCGCCGACGAUGUCGCUGCCCGCGAGUACGGCAUCGAGGACACACCCUCUCUUGUCUACUUCGAGAACGAGAUGGCACCAGCGUUGCGAAGGAUCCCUUCCCUGUAUGACGGAGACCUGCACAACGAGGAGGAGGUCCUGGCCUGGCUCAUUGAGCAGCUCCACACGGAUGAGAUCGAGGACGUCACCGACGAGAUGCUCGACAAACUCAUCCGCGAGACCAACCACCUGGCCGUCCUCUUCUAUGACGAAGACGACCAGGACUCACAGCUGGUGGUGAACGAGCUGGAGAACAUUGACGACGAGUGUGAUGCCAACGGCGUCUCCUUCGUCAAGAUCGACAACGAUGAGGAGGCCAAAGAGUACGGCAUCGACAACCUCCCCACCCUGGUCUACUUCGAGAAGGGCGUUCCCUCCGUGUACUCCGGUAAUCUGCUGGCGGAGGAUGAGGUGCUGGACUGGCUGGUGCAUCAAGUGGAGGACGACGAGAUCGAGGACGUCACCGACGAGAUGCUGGACCGUCUGAUUGACCGCUCGGAACACCUCGCUGUCCUCUUCUACGAUAAGGACAGCCGCCGCAGCCGGAAGGUGCUGGCGGAACUGGAGAACAUUGACGACGAGUGCGACGACCGCGGCAUCUUCUUCGUCAAGAUCGACAACGACGAGGAGGCCAAAGAGUACGGCAUUGACUCCAUCCCAACUCUCGUCUACUUCGAGAGUGAGAUCCCAUACAUCUACGAAGGUGACCUGAUGAAGGAGGAAGACGUGCUGGAGUGGCUCAUUCAUCACGUCGAGAACGAGGAGAUCGCCGACAUCACCGAUGAGAUGCUUGACAAACUCAUCGCCAAUGAGCCGUUCCUUGCCGUCCUCUUCUACGACAAGGACGAUCCAGAGGACCACGAAGUGCUAGCUGAGCUCGAGAGCAUCGACGACGAGUGUGAGCAGGCCGGCGUGCCCUUCGUCAAGAUCGACAACGACUCCGAAGCCAAGGAGUAUGGUAUCGAUGAGCUGCCUACACUAGUUUACUUCGAGAACAGAAUUCCUAGCAUUUAUGAAGGAGAUCUCUCCAAUGAGCAGGAGGUGCUGGCCUGGAUCCUCCUUCAGAAGACCUCGGACACAAUCGAAGAAGUCACCGACGAGAUCCUCGACGACCUCAUCGCCAACUUCGAAUACGUUGUCGUCUACUUCAGCGGGAAAUGCGAGGAGGGCCAGAAGUGCGACAAGAUCCUCGACGAGCUGGAGAACAUCGACGACGACACCGACGACCAAGGCAUGCACUUCGUCACCACCGAGGAGACCAGUCUGGCCGCCCAGUACGGCGUCAAGACCUUCCCUUCCCUCGUGCUCUUCAGAAAUGGCGACCCGCUCGUCUAUAAGGGUGACAUCAGUGAUGAGCAGGCCGUGUUGAGGUGGCUGACGGAUGAUGAUACGCUGGAGAUCCCCAACCUGAUUGAGGAGGUGAACCAACGCAUGCUGGAACGAAUACUCAACACCUCGGAUAACGUCGCUGUCUUCUUCUACGCCGCGGGGGACAAGAAGAGCAAGAAGAUCCUGACGGAGCUGGAGAACAUCGACGAUGAAUGCGACGACAUCGGCAUCGACUUCGUCAAGAUUUCUGACGAUGGGAUCGCCAAUGAGUAUGAUAUCGUGAGCUUGCCGGCCCUCGUCUACUUUCGGAAUCGAUUUCCUCAGAUAUAUGAAGGUGACUUGAGAGACGAGGAGGCGCUGCUGGAGUGGCUUAUUGACAACAAAGACAAGGGCCCAGCAUCCAUCAUCGAAGAGGUGGACGGUCAGAUGUUGCAGAGUCUGGUGGACACCUUCGAGUACCUCGUCGUGUACUUCUACGACGACAACUGCCCAACCUGUGAGACGGUCCUGGCCGAACUGGAGACCAUUGAUGACGAGACGGACGAGGUGGGCAUCCAGUUCGUCAAGACCAACGACGUGGAAGCGGCUGAAGAACUGGGCAUCAGCCACCUGCCAGCCCUCGUGUACUUCGAGGGUGGCGUACCCAGCAUCUAUGAUGGUGACAUCGCAGGGGGUGAGGCGGUCAGUGCUUGGCUUAUAGCGGAGACACGGGUGCUAGAGAGUCCUGUGAUGAUCUUGAACCAUCGCUACCUGUUAGGGGUUGAUGAGGAAGGUGACAAUGAAGGUGACAUCCAGGCGGAGGAGGAGGUGCUGGAGUGGCUGAUCGAACAGCGUCACGAGGACACCAUCGAAAACAUCAACCGCCAGAUGCUCUACACCCUCAUCGACACCCAGGACUACCUCGCCGUCUACUUCUUCAACGAAGAGAACGACGAGUGCCCGAAGGUGCUGAGGGUGCUGGAGAAGAUCGAUGAUGAGGCUGCUGAGUAUGGCAUCCAGAUGGUCAAGAUGAACGACAGACUCAUGGCCAAGAAGUACGGCUUCAGGAAUCCCCCGGGCCUUGUUUACUUCAGAAAGGCCAAACACAUUAAGUACGACGGGGAUUUGUACGACGACGAGGAUGUGCUUGACUGGCUCACCGCCCCAGAGAACAUGGAACUCAAUGACGCAAUUGAGAAGGUCAACCGCAAGAUGUUCGAGAGGAUCCGACAGACCACAGACUACCUUGCUGUCUUCUUCUACUCGGAGGAAGGGUGCAAGCAGUGCCAGAAGGUCCUUGCCGAGCUGGAGAACAUCGACGACGAAGCCGAUGCCAACGGCAUUGACUUCGUGAAGAUCGACGACGCCGAGCUGGCGAAGGAGGUCGGUGUUUACGCCCUCCCCGCCAUCGUCUUCUACCGCGCUGGCGGCGACGAUCCCAUUAUUUACGCGGGUGGUGACAUGAAAAAUGAAGAGAAUCUUCUAUCAUGGCUACUGACGGAGAAGGAUCCAACUGCGGACUUCAUCGAGGACAUGGAAGGCGCGGCACUCCAGCGAGUCAUCCGAGAUUCUGACGCCAUUGCUGUUUAUUUCUACACCGAAGACUCGAGCUGCGAGUCGUGUAUGCAGGUGCUGGAGGAGCUGGAGAACAUCGAUGACGACACCGACCGCAUCGGUGUGAGCUUCGUCAAGACUCAGGACACCAAUGUCGCUGAGCGGUAUGGCGUCACCAGCCUCCCGGCCCUGCUAUACUUCGAGCACCAGGUGCCCACGGUGUAUGAGGGUGACCUUCUGGCGGAGGAGGAGGUGCUCCAGUGGCUGACCCUGCAGAAGACGGAGGACACCAUUGAGACCGUCAACAGGAACAUGCUGGAGGUCAUGCUGGAAGACACUCAGUACCUCGCUGUCUUCUUCUAUAAACCGAACUGCCGGGCGUGCGACACAGUGCUGGCCGAACUGGAGAACAUCGACGACGAGUGCGACUUGUAUGGCAUACACAUGGUGAAGAUCCAGGACGCCCAGCUGGCCAAGCGAUACGGCAUCAAGACCCUGCCGGCCCUUAUCUACUUCAGGAACGGCAACCCUCUUAUCUUCGACGAUGACAUCAUGUCGGUGGGCUCUGGGGUCUACGAAUGGCUUGCUGAUGACGAUAAUCGUAAAUUGGAAGGUGAUAUUGAAGAAGUUAAUAAGAUAAUGAUGGACGCAAUCCUUGAAAGGAAACUUUAUUUUGCUGUUCUGUUUAUGAAUGAGGACGACUGUCCGGACUGUGAGCAGGUCCUGCAGGAGCUGGAGAACAUCGACGAUGAGGUCGACAUGUUUGGGAUCGACUUCGUGAAGAUCAACGACCCAGACGCUGCCCAGAGGUUCAACAUCUUACACACACCGGCACUCGUGUACUUCAGGAAGAAGAUGCCUCUUGUAUACGACGGAGAUCUGCUGGACGAGGAGAAGGUGUUCAACUGGCUGACCUCUCAAGAUGUGUUUGAGAUCAAGGACGAGAUCGAGGAGGUGAACCGCAAGAUGCUGGAAAAGCUCUUAGAUGAGAACGACUUCGUGGCUGUUUAUUUCUAUGAAAACACCCCCAAGAGCGAGGAGGUACUGGAGGAGCUAGAGAAGAUCGACGACGAAACUGACGACCUAGACAUCACCUUCGUCAAGAUCCGGGACACGCGCUACGCCAAGAAGUACGGUAUUCAGAAGCUGCCUGCGCUCGUCUACUUCAGGAGGAGGUUCCCCAGCAUAUACCGAGGUGACCUUAUGGUGGAGGAAGAGGUUCUCGAUUGGCUGCAGAAGAAUAGGUUUAAGCACCCCGAGCUGAACCUGUUCAUGUACGCCACAGGGGCCAUUACCUUCGCCUUCGUUAUGUACACCGUCUUCCUUCUCUUCUGCUUCAAGAACCCCGCUCAUCCCCCCCACCACCAGAAGGCAGCGUGAUUACCGUAUGUCAUCAUGUCUUGGAUCAAUCUUAUUUGUAUAUUCGUGAUAUAAUUAUACAAGCGAACCCUGGAAAUUGUCCGACGUUUAAUAACUGAACAAGAAAUGUCAUCUAAGUCAUCUCCCGUGGUUCACAGUCUUCGAGAUGGGCAGAAGUGAAUAAGAUAUCGCCUUAGGGACUUUGUAAUUACAAGAUGUAUUAUAACUUAAUGUCGCUUUCUUCAGCUUCGAAAUAAUGUAAAGAUAGACUUGGAGUCGUUAUGGAAGUAUUGUUACUGAGAUUUAUUAUAACUAUCUGUUGAUUGGACUGCUCGGCAUAAUCUAUGUUUGAUAAAAUUGUGAUAGCCAGCAGGAGGAGAGACGCAUGUGUGUGUGUGUAUGUGUGUGUGUGGCGGGUAGGGCCUGGGUAUGCUCCCCAUGCCCACCAGCCUUAUCAAAAAUGGCAUUCUGUGGAGUAUAAAUAAUCACUUUUAUGUUGAAAUUGCUAACAUGACCACCAGCUGGUUGCUAAAAAAAUAGCCAGCGCUCGACCAGGCCAUGCAGGACUUCGGUGGCAUUUCAGCGAGAGAGAACGUGACUUCAUAACCCGAGUAGCUUUAAGAGCCUCGGCCGCAAGAAGAAGCCCCGGUCUUUGCCGAUAAACGACUAGCAAGGUAAGAGGCCCUCCAUUGUCGUAGUUUGUAUGAGUGGCUGUGCAAAGCCUCAGUCCCCAGCCAACAAGAUAGAUAGUUGAAGAAAUUUCUUAUACCAUUAAGAAGAUGCUUAAAAAAUAUAUAUUUUCCACCCAUGAGCGCGAUAAAAUCUACUUUUGAAAACUCGAAAAUGCGUGAAGAAUUUCGAUUGUAAACACCAAUCACCAGCUGAACGCUAAAAUAAUUCUCACGUAAAUAAGAAUUGUAUUUAUCUGACGCAUCGCGCAUGUUAUCUGACGCAACUGACGCAUGUUAUCUGACGCGACUGAUGCAUGUUCUAUUGACAUGACAAUGCCUGAAACAAGAAGCUGAUCCGUUUCUUGUCAUCAUUCAUUUGUGAUUGAAUUGUAUCGGGGUGUCCGUAUUGCAACUGCUUUGUCAGAAUUUCAACUACUAGACAAUGAGUUCGUUGCCUGGUACUAUUUAAUACUCAUUGAUUCUGUCUAGUACUGAGUAGACAGACCAACCUGGACCCCCUAUUUCACGAGAACGAAUUAAUAUUCUCCUCCAUCUAGAGGAAACUCUUAAAACCUGUGAAAAGUCUUAUGUUCCCGGCCUACAUCACCGCUAGUCGGUAAACAACUCAUCCUAACCUGGCUCAAUCUAACUUAUCCUAACCUAACCCAAACUAACAAAUCCUAACCUAACGUAACUUAUCCUAACCUCACGUAGCCUAGCCUAACCUAACCCAACUUAACUUAUCCUAACCUAGCCUUAUCUGGCCCAACCUAACCUAUCCUAAUGAAAAUAAAAGAGCAAAUGUUAUGUUUUACAUAUAUAUAUAUGGCGUACAUGAAGUGUGGAUUCCACAAUGUUCAAUUCAAUUUCUUUAUUAUGCACCCCAUACCCAUCCCGUGGGCGGUGGUGAAAAGGGUUACAGAGGCACAGGCCAGUGCAUUUAGACAAAAUAAACAUGAAUGGAGUUCAUUCCUUUCAGGUUUACAGUGUUAAUCGUAUGUAUUCAUUUCUUCAACUUCGCAGGUAAUGCGGAGGCGUAUAGAUAUUUAAUGAAUGCAGUUGUUAACAUUUUGUACGUGGUAUGAGAAGCAUAUGCCAAUUGAUGCUCCUCUAAGGAAGACGAGUGGAAUUAGGUUAGAACACGUCGUUAUGCUAUCGUUAGGAUAGGAUAACGUUAGGAUAUCUAACUCUCUACGUUAGGAUAACAUAGAGAAUCUGUGGUGUGUGUGUGUGCGUGUCCCCGUGGUGGGAUAUGCAGUCGUGGAAUUCUUGAGGCUUGGCUCUAAAUACGUACUCCCUUAAUGGGACUUGUGAUCGUUUUUACCCAUCAUUUUGUGAUGUUUUUCCCUUUGAACAAAACAGUGCGGUGACUGCAGGGGGGAAGUGUGACUUAUUCUUAGUGACAGAAACUAUCAUUGCUGCGUGACACUGAGGUCAUAAAUGCUCCUUGACAGUGCAAUAAGACAAUUACACAACAAAAUCCCAGCCUGUCCUCUCGAAUUGCCACAACGAGCAUAAAAUGUUGUGCUAAAACACUCUAACUUUGCCUAACCUAUCAACUCACGUGUAGAAAAUAGGAGUGUUUGUGAGCCGCUUUGAUACACCAACCCGUCUUCCUUAUAGCACGUCGCAUUUUGACCUAUACUCGACCUAAGACCAAAAAUCGUCGUACUGGAAAAUGGUAGCGGCUCGCGAAACUGACAUACUGUUUCGUUUUCUGUUUUGGGUCAUUUGGUAGGUUAGGAUAAGGGCACUUUAGUACGGCAGUUUCUUGACGUUGGGAAACCUUAGAAGGACUGGCUGGAUACACAGUACCCCUUUAAUUGUCGAUUCAGGAUUUUGACGUCAAAAUGCUGUGUACUGUGAGGGGACGGAUUCGCUAUAUUCAGUUUAGUGAGGUCUUUAAAAUCAAUGAAAGUUAAAAGUAAUUUAUAUAGUUUGUAAGGAAAAUUAAUCUGUUGUUUAAAUUGUCUCGUGGUAAUUACUAUAACCCCGUCAUACAGUAUAUAUUAAAAAGCCAGGUUACAGUAUAAUCCUCUCCUUAAAUAGCGUUAGGCUGUGAUUCUGAGCAUCAUGGGACAUUAUGAGUGUGUAAACACUUCUUGAAAAAAAAAGACCAAUAUAUUAGGCUAUGUACACGGAUAUAUAUAUAUGGAGAAAUAUUGCACCAUUAUGGUGGAAGUGAUAAUGGAAAGACUGAUUAACUUGCUCUUUGCAGUCACCACCUCUUGUCCCUCAAAACUGUAACGAAAAACAGGUACGCCUACGCGUGUCCCUCGAAAAAAGCAAAACGGACACGCGUAGGCGUACUUUACACUACUACUUUAUGUGAGGCUUGACCUCUCUGCCUGUUUCGAGACAACCACCGUCCUCUUCACUAACUACCCAACCUCCCGCCAGGCUUCAGAAAUCUAAACCAUCCCAACACCAUCUCCAUCUUCGCGAAACUUAGAGCCUAAAAAUCCCCGUCUUUGCGAAACUUAAGAGCCUAAAAAUCCCCGUCUUCGCGAGACUUAGAGCCUAAAAAUCCCCGUCUUCGCGAAACUUAAGAGCCUAAAAAUCCCCGUCUUCGCGAAACUUAGAGCCUAAAAAUCCCCGUCUUCGCGAGACUUAGAGCCUAAAAUCCCCGUCUUCAAAAAGACUGUCCGCCCCCCCCCCCUCCCCGUCUCCACGAGACUGCCCCAAGGCCUCUCUAAACCACUCCAAGUGUCCUGUGGUGUUAAGUUUAUCUUAGAGUACUAGUUCAGACAGUUAGGCGUAGCUAACAUUAUGGACGUCUGCUAUGGUAUGUACAUUUUGAUGAAUAUGUAUGAUAAAGAAAUCUUUGUUAA